GUUAAAUAGGGCAACAUGAUGGAAGGGAGAAUCGAAUUAUUUCAAUAAACACACCGCAUGGACGUUAGAAAGCGAAAGACUAGAUCUUCUUCUAAGUGUUCGGAGACAGUAGUCUUUCAAGUCUUUCACGGACAAGGUUAAGGUCGUUAGUUGAAUUUUGCAGGAAGAAAUCUGGGAAGGUGCAUUUAAGCGGUAAAUAUUUUCGGAGGAGAUGUCGGAAGAGCGACAAAGGUUGAGACCAUGGCUUGAAGAGAGGAUCAAUAGCGGAAAAGUACCGGGGCUAUGUUGGAGAGAUCAAGCGAAAAAGGAGUUUCGAGUCUCGUGGAAGCACGCAGGCAAACCCGACUUCGAUGUGGAGAAAGACGCCAUGCUCUUUAAGCUGUGGGCUGAACAUACAGGGAAGUACAGACCAGGCGAGUCAGCAGAUCCCUCGACUUGGAAGACGCGCUUCAGAUGCGCUCUGCACAAGAUGCCGGACGUGGAGGAGGUUAGAAUUCCGCACAGCUUGGACGAAAAGGAGCCGUAUAGAGUCUUCAGAUUUAAAGACAAAGGUAGGCACAAUACAUUGUUUUUCUUUUUAUCACCAGGGAUGUAAACCGUAUGAACCGUCCGGCCAAGUGAACAGAGGGAGGAAAAUGUUACUAAAAUAUUUUGGAACUGUGACAAAACUUGAGAUUCUUUAAAAGACUUCAGCAACUGAAGUUCGUUAACUUGAAAAAUGUAACCCGAUUUCAGCACUUUUUUUACAAUAACUGCGUAAAAAGCGAUGUAGUGCUAGGUAAGACAAGUGUACUUCACGCGUGAAAUAUUCAUAAAGAGAGCUACGUUAUGUUUUAUUUUUUUUUCUUUAUCUUUCGACUACGCGAAAAACAUAGCUCUUAAAAGCUACAGUAAAGAUAAGAACUGCCCAAAAAAUUAAACUAACAGAAACUAACAUUUACCCCUGAAAAGUUUACGACGUCAGUGUUGUGUCGCUUUUUGCUAAACAAAUUCCCGUGACAGAAAUUACAAUGGCCCCGAAGCGGAAGCCACAACUUAUUGAGACACACAAAAAACGUUUGCUUCUAAUUAUACCCCGUUCCUUUUUGUUAUGAAACACAGUCUCGGCACGAGAGAAAAAUAUAAAUCUAGAAGAGCUUGAAACUAGGGAAAUAAAAGCAGGUAUUUAUAAGGGAAAGAACGCAAAAGCAAAAAAGAAAUGGCAUGAGGUUUUGGGGAUUCCCGGAUCUCUAUGUAAACUCGAAGACGUAAUGUUAUCGGAAUGAUUUCCUGUUUAUAUGUUUUGCAUAUUAAUUUGCCAACUGGGACAUGUUUUUACUGGUUGUGGCAGCGAACCCUUUAUUUCAUUUGAAAAUACAUUGAAUCUGUCCGUGUUGGCCACUGUUCAUGCAUAACGUCUAUUUGCAGGAGAGACCAUUAUCUAAUAUUUUAUGUAAUAUCCUUUACACGUGGUGUCAUACAACACUGUCCAAAAAUGACUGAUUAAUUUCUUGGAUGCAACGUCAAAUAAUUAGCAUUUUAAGAGCGGUUAUUAAAACCUGUCUCAUUUUAUACUCACCUGUUUCGAACCUAAGUCGUCCCAGCUUACGAUGAAACGGACGGCUUAAACAAUUAGCAGAAUAUGACAUUGAAUGGCAUCUAUACAGUUCGAACCAGUUGGAUUAAGUUCGCAACGAUUUUAACAAAAAUGGCCGAGUAAAUAUCUUGACCAACGUGUUUUCGGGCAUUGACAUUGCAUUAAAUAUAAUAUCCGAACUCUGCAUGUGAAGUGUCUGGAUAUCGUUUAGAUUCACUUGCCAUUUAUAACCUACAAACAUUUCUUUUUCUUUAUGAUAUCAGUUAUAUUGAUUAUAAAGGGCGAUAUCGACAGGCUAUAAAUAAUAGACCUAGUCACGGAUUUCGACGCCAUCUUGACGAGUAGGCAAACGCUUGAGAAAUUACAGCGUUUGUUUGAGAAUCUAAUGUCGAAUAAUUUCCGUAGAACGGCUGUUCUGAAAAGAAUAUGAAUUGUAGACUAAAGCUCCACUCCUAAGGAUUCUACUGAAAAAAAUUGAGGGUGUUACAUGCGCUAGAAGACCUAGAACCACUUUUUUAAAUUUUCUAUACAUUUGUGUGUAAGAAAUUCCCGGGAAAAUAUGGAAAAUCUAAAGCAAGCCUCUGGAGAAAUUUAAGCACAGGUACGCCCCGAAAAUGUUUAAGUACAAUCCUUUGCUUUGUAGCUUUAGUUUGCAAUUAAUAUUUUUUUCCGAAAAGCCGUUUCACGGAAAUUAUUCGACAUUAGAUUCUCAUAUAAACACUGUAAUUUCUCACAUGUUUGCUUACUCGUCAAGAUGGCGCGCGAAAACCGUGGCAAGGUCUAUUUCUAAAGUUUUCAAUUACAUGUCACUGAUAUGUGUAUAUAGUAGCAAUCUAUCAAGGACGACAGAAAAACAAUGGAAAAGGAAAAAAAAGAGAAUUGAGGGGAUUUCAGUUGACGUGGCCAAUUGUAAUGACUGUUGAAAUCUCUCGAGUUUAGAAAUUUGGGGAGAAUGGAAUAGGGGAAAAGACGCUUGGGGUAGAGCCGGUGCAGUGAAGAGUAAUACACGAAAAAUACCCCAGAAGUAGUUGUCUUUUUGGGCUGCACAUGGUUACCAGUCCAGAAAAUAGUUUUAUAAGCCCAUAGUAUGGAAUACGUUGCUUUAUGAACAUUAUUAAAUUAAAAUUGUUUGUUAUGACAAUACGCGACACUGGAAAAGAUCUACUCCAGGAGGAACAAACGCUCGUAUAUUCAGAAAGUAGCCUCUGCGUGAAUAGGGUUUUUGUAUUUGAAAUCCCUGUCACAAAUUUAUAUCUAUAAAUAAUUAUAUAAUGUGAGCUGUGGCUGGAACAAAAUAGCAUAGAGAAAAAGCCGUCUGACUUAAGGUCUGGCGAAAAUAUCUACUGCAUCAACAAUACGACUUGAGAACGUUUUCUAUAGUAUGGUUCGUUAAGUCUUCAUUAACCAUCUCGACUGAGAUAAGAAGGUGACACACAAUUGAUUUUAAUCAAAGAUAUACAGUGUUCAUGAGACGGAAUAACGGUCGUAAAAUUCAACGUUAUGCCAUCUUGAUGUAAAGUUAAAAAGUGCGCUGAAACGUUCUUCAUUUUCAAGAAGUUGAAAAACCGUUUAAAAGACGACGACGUUUCGACGUUCAGCUAACGUAAUUAUCAAUACUUAAGUUUUGGUUUAUUGCUAAAAUCUCUACAGUGUAGCUGUACGUUUACCAAUUAAUGGUUUCCGUGAACCAAUAUUCUUUCUCAAAUAGACUAGACGUCCUUACGUUUUCAUGGCAUACGCCGGAUAAGAAGCGUUUCCGUUGAACAUAUGGAUAUAAAAUACUGCACUGAAAAUUUCCUCAUAUUUAAAAGUUAAAAAACUGUUUAAAAGACGACAACGUUUCGACGUUAAACUAACGUCAUUAUCAAGUCAUCAUGAUAAAUAAGUAAACUAACAAUGAAACACCCCUUUUACCUUAAUUUCUCUUUUUGAUUUGAGCUAAUGAAAUUUUCCAAACCCGGAUAACUUAGUGUGAAAAGAUCUUUUUGAAUUCCUUGUUCAACAACUUCCUUUAAAAAGAAAGGAAGUCUUUAAAUUAAUUAUUGCUUCGUUUGUUGUAUUAUCAUUAUAGGGUCAUGCAAAUAUCCACGGAUACGUUAAGUCGUGUGGAAAGUAAAAAUUGUGGUUCGUUCCUUGCAAACACAUCUUAAACGCAUAAUAUUAACUUUUAUAAUUACUACCUUUGUUAAUAUUUGUGUCGUUUUAACAAGAGGAUGCUUGUUUAUGGUACACGCUAUGGAUGGUAUCUAAUUGGGGCGAAAACGUUCCCCAGGUAAAUAACAUCGUAAAAUAACCCUUAAAACUUUAGGUUUAAAACGAAAUGAAAUGUGCUCCUUAUCCACUCAUACUGUAGCAGAUCAUGAGAAUUAAAUAUUUAAACUGAGGAAUCAAAGUAUUGCGGUCAUUCAGUCUUGCAUCAGUGAGCACUUUUUCGGCCCCAAACUGCCACACCUACGUGACUGGAAGAAAUGUGACGUAUUUUAUAACAUCCCUACAGUCAAUGUAUCUGCAGUACUUUUACGUGGAAAAAGGAUACUUUUACCUUUGGGUUGCCUAUAACACCUUGUUGAGAACUGAAUUGUACUAUUAAAAAAAAUAGACUAAUAAAAAAAUAAUAAUAAUGAUAGAAAAAAGAACAGAAAAAAGCAAACAGCGAAUAAAGGUGAUUUUAAACUGAAAUUUCUGACUACCUUGGGCUGGCUUUACUCGUCCUGAACGGCCUUCAAGAAACUGACUUUUUCAAGGAAAAGUCGUUAAGUCUGGGACACACUAGCACAGCCAGUUGCGUUUUCUCGUUUUUGCCCUUGGUAUUUUGUUUGAACCUAGAAAUAUGUUCUGCCUCUUAUUUAAAAAUUUAGGUUAUCUUAUUAUCUGCCAAAAAAAAAAAAAAAAAAAAAUAAAAAAAAUUAAAAAAAACUUAAUUUCAAAUUAGAAGAGACAAUUUUCCAACAAGGCAUUUAAUAUGUUAUCUCUCAAAAUUAUUUAUUUCUCUUCUUAAUUUUAUUUCUAUAUCUUUUCACACUCAGAAGGUGGUUCACCAAAGAGUCCAAAAUCGGAGAAAACUCGCAGUGAAAGACGACAUUGUCCGGUAAGUAGUUUUAAAAUGGCGAACCAUCUAUUUCCCGCUUCCUCUCGAUCUGCCCUGUCCUUUUCCGUUGCGUUUCGGUGAAUUGCCCUUCGCAAUCGUCGGAAUUGGCUAACCUUUAAUCUUAAAAUAGCACUAUACCAUCGCGCGUGGCUUAUACCAAGUCGAACUGAACUCGGGGCAUUUUGAGCUACUAGUAAAAUUAGUUUCUCUCAUACUGUCUGAAAUAAGGAAAAAAAUGCACACACGCACACAUUUCCUCCCUCUCCUUAUUAUACGGUGAUUGUAAAAUACUUUUCUGCGGAAAUCGCGCUGUUUAUUCUGAUGGUUUAGAAAGGAAAUUUGAUUUAAAAUGUGCUAGCUGACUUUGGGGAGACGAAAAACUUGUUCGCCUUUUCUCUUUUCCUCUCAAUCGAGUUUUGUUUCAGAUGAUGUCUUAUCUAUUUGAACAUGCCGGCUUUAUCCCUUUUAUUCUCUUUUUUGUAUAGCCCUUCGUGAAUGUUAGACUAGCUAGUUUAACCAGGAACUAGUUAGACUAACUAGUUUCACCAAGAAUUCUCGUCGUGGAAUUAGUUAGACUUCUCAUAAGAAUGAAUUCCAAAUAUAGCAGGGUUGAAAAGAAUAUUUACCAAAAACUUUGCACAUAGGAAUCAUGUUUAUCUUCCCUUUUAGGUCAAUCAGACUAAUGGGCUAUUCAGUUGUUUGACUGAUAAGUGCUCGUUGCUUUUUUGUCAGUAUCCUCGUUCGAUCAGUGAACCUAUGAUCAUCAGACCUCCGGCAGAUGUAGAUGAAACGGGCUACGAUUUCAAAAACUAUGUUACUAGUUUUGGUGGGUAUGGCAACCGACAGCAAGAUUCACCACUCAACGACAGCAGUGAUAGCUCCCUUGAAGACUGCGACCUUGACAGUAUUACACCGGUAAGAGCAAAUAUUGUUUACACCACCUUUUUCAAAAUAUCAAAAUUUUCCCAGUCCAUGCACUUCAUGCAAACUUUUGCCAAUUUCCCUCUCCCAUAAGUAGCUACUUUGAUUCAGUUUUUGGGACGAUACAAAAGAAAGAAAGAAAGAAAGAAAAACGCGCAUUCAACCACUUCACACAUGCAUGGUCUGAUCUUUUUGCCAAUUUAAUUUGUGCAAAGCAACACCACGCAGCAGUUGAAAGAUCCAAAAACUUUGGUCUUCAGUUUGUAACGUUUUGUUUCAGGUGUCCAAUAUUCGCUAUAUAUCAGUACGCAACUCAGAGUAUAUAACUGCAGCGGAAAUUUUAGGCCAUGCUGAAUUGGAAAUCAUAAAAUGAUCUGUAUCGGACCCUGUCGAAAACCUACAGACCUAAAACGAACAUAAUUUCCCAGAAAAAUCUUACCUUUUUUCUCAGUUCUGUGUUCGAUUUAGCCAUAGCUUGCGCAGCAGGUGCCAGUUUUUUAGGGCGAAGAAAGAAUCCCGAGGACGCGCUCCCGAGGGGAAGAAAGGAGAGGUCGCAUUCUCCUCGCGCAGCUUGUAAAAAGAUAACCGGCGCCUGCUCCGCAGGCUAAUUUAGCUACAGUUCACGGGAUGAUCGUAAAUAUCGUGACAAAUUUAUCGCAUCCGACACACUAUAUGGUAGGUUCCCUGUUCAUCGUUGGACCUAAUUCAUUCCUUAUCUUCUGUUCUGGUUAGACCAUUCCACCGUACCUAUAUGAACCAAUGUUGGGUGGUGACGAAACAACAUGUGGGAAUCAAGUAAAUCAGUUUUUUUCAUACUCCAACGGCCACGGUUUUUACAAUAGUGAAUUUACCGCUGGCAGCGGCUUUGUAAACACCAGAAGAGAAGUCAUCGAGGCUGUUUUUCCAGCAAACGGUCACGUGGCAAGUAACUCCAUGUUGGGUGACAAUGGACAAGCACUUUUGCAGCAUUUUCUAGCUGCUAAUAAUUAUAAUCCAAGUGGUCUUAUGAAGUUGUGGUGGGGAGGAGUUGUCAUACCAGAUGAGGUGAGCAGCAAAAGAGGGAAAUUUAGGGCCUGAAUAGUCUGCGACCAAGCUCUUCUUUUGGGGGAGUCGGGCGUUGCGCGAGAAAUCACGCAUGAGCCGCACGCGAACGGAGACGCGGGAGCGAGAGACUGGGAAAAACAAAACUGUCAAUUGACCGUGGGUCAUUUUUCAACCAAUGGUAAUUCGCUUCGUCGAGCUGGGCGAAGCAGUUAUGAAAAACCUUUACUGAUCGUUGGAAGCCUGCCUUUUCCUUCGCCUCUUGCGGCUUCGUGCUCGCUUGUGCAUUCUCUCGCGAUUCGCUUCGUCCACCAGGAAUGGAAAAUUGCUCGCAGGCUAGUGCCUGACCAGUGAGAUAGCGAAAUGAUUCCGAGCGGAUCGAGUUGAUAACUUUGUCGAAAUUGGCAUCGCGCUUGGAACGUGCGAGGAUCGCACAGCGAGGCGCAGAAACACUAGUUGACUUUGUAUGUAUUUAUAUAUCUUGACUUCUGGUUGGUAGUCGUAGUGACGUCAUCGAUUGUGCAUGACGUCGAGUUGUAUUAAGGUUUCCAAACAACGCGAUUUCCACUAUUAUGUUUUAUUCAUGAAAGGCGGACAUGGUUAUUCACCCUCUGUCAAAAUUCUUCAAGUCACGCUAAUAUUACCCAGAAGGCGGCGGAUUACAUCUGAAUAGGGAAGGCAAUUACUUAUUACAUAGAAAUUUUGUAAUUUUUUAAAGGAAUAAUUGAUCUCCUGGUUCCUUGAAUACCGAAUCUCCUGUAUCAGUAAAGCCGCCGUUUAUUACUCAAGGCAGUACUAGUUAUGACUCGAGUAUACGUACAACAACGGUUUCUGAAACCUCUUAUUUGUCUUACUUGCUACCCGCAAAACGCAGUUUUAAAAUAGCGUCCUUAAAUGUAAAUAGUCCAAUUAAAACAUAUUUUCUAGUCAUUCUUUUCUUCGUGAAAUUCCUGAUUUUAAUUUUUUUGCCCUUAGCCGCCUGCUUCAUCUUCAACAAGUACUCAUCUCAACAUGGAUAACGGGUUAAUAGGUAGGGAUCAUCCAGCAUAAAUAUAAUUUAAAGGUUUUUGUUAUUCUUUGCUAUUAAAGUGAAUACGUAUGUCAAUGGCAUUAAUUUUUAAUUUUAAUUGCUUCGACAGUACCAUCUGGGAUUGAGCUGGAUGAUUUGGGGCGCACGGUACGUUUUCGUAGUAUAAAAAUCGUCAGAAACUGUCUCCUUUCCAUUUCUCGCCUUACGUAAGGGACUCCGGAUUCCGGAAUUCGAGAAAUUUUUGCUUGUGGUCUCCGAAAUCCUGGACUUUGGAAUCCGCAAUACAGCUCAGGUCACGAGAAAACCAAAUGACGAUUUGAAUCCGGAAUCCGAAAUCCACGGUGUGGAAUCCAGAAUCCAAGACUGUCUUGGAUGGGCGACUUUCCUCGCCAUGACCCACCAUGACUUCAAGACUCAAAAUGACUUUUUUCUUAUUUAGGUCACCAUUCCUUGCAUGGAUGAUAUGUCCCGGUCGUCUUUCUCAAGGGCGAGUAAAUCGCCUUCCGAUAAUUGUGGUAAGUGAUAAGAAGACAUCAUGCAGUUUAGAUAAACCUUUGGUAUUUUACUAUCCCGAAACGUUUUCCCGAAAAACCACGCGGUUCACGCGGGCUGUGAAUAUAUUUAAAAGGUUUCAAUGUUAGUCCGGUUCUACACAUCUCGUUUAAAAGGCAUAUACUAUUAGACGUUUUGGAACCGAUCGUGUAACGUUUUGAAUAGAAUAACGCGCUAUUUGAUUUGCCAAGCUAAAAGAACAGUCGAACCCUGUGUCGGAUUGAGAAUUGUUUAAAUAAGCAGCAAAAUUUACGUCGUAAAACGCUUUUGUAAAAUUCUAGGGAUUCAAACUUACUAUUCUACAGUACAUGAUCAAACAAAUAAUGGGAAAAAAAAUUCCGAUAAACUGCAUGGCACUUUAGAGAGUAAGUAAGGGAAUGUUCAACAACAAAAAAAGCAGAGAAAAAUAGUGAACAAACACGGCACUUUUGUUCAUCGUUUUUCUUUUUUCUCUUUGUUGAACAUUCUCUUAUUCAACAGUACUGGCUCUUACACAUUUUAUCAUUUUCACUUUAAGAUUUCGCAACGUAUAUCCGGGUAUUCUAUGGAAAACUAGAGGUUUUGUGCACUGAAACGAGGCUGACGGAGAGCGAACGUAUCAUCAGGUUCUUCUAUGGGAGCCCCAUAGCACCGGAACUGUUACAAAUGGAUUUGUACAGUAAAGUGUACGGACCACCGGGUGCCAAGCAAAUUAAGCUACCGGAAGUAGAGAGCACCUGCCCGGAAACUAAGAAAGUGAUGAGCUAUUUGAAGCGCGGGCUGCUACUCGAAGUAACUGAGGAUUACGAUAUAUUAGCUACACGAUUGGCCCUCACCAGGGUAACUACUACCUUGUAACUUAGUAGAGAAAUUUAGAUUCUAAAACGCGCGCGUGAACCAGCGUCAAUUUGGCGGGAAAACGCAAUAGCCGUCGUCAUUCUAGUACCGGUUUUAUCGAGAAUGACGUAGUGUUGGAAGCAAGUAUCGAAUUUUAGAAGUUUCAUCAUUUGGCCAUCGGGAGAGGGCUUAAUCUCCCUCAAUAAAUCACUAUGCUAACUUGUCUGGUUGAAAAGUAAAGAGGUAAGGACGGAUUCACGAAUGAUGCCACAGUGACCUUUUUGGCAUAAAGAGCAAACAUAAAACAACAACAACUACAACAAAAAUGCCCGCGAGGAACGGACUCUUUUCUUUUCACUAGCCCUAAAUAUAACUACGUGUAAACGAAUCGUUAGCAAUAAAGGCGACUAUUAAAAACUAAGUUUUUCUCGGCGAGAAUGACCUUACAUAAAACACAUUGUACAAUUCGUAUAUGCUCAAAUUCUUUCUUUUUCUGUCCCUCACCAGGUUUUCUACUCUAACGGAAGACAACCGGCCACAAAACUACAGCGCGAGAAGCAAACUAAAGUCUUUGAUUACACAGGUAAAUUUAUUCCCACUCUUAGAGAAAGCAGAAAUGGUAAUUGUGAACGCCCAGCUUAUGACGUCACUUUCUACUUGGGAAAGGCCGAUAGCAGCCUGGUAUCCAUUGUUGUCACUCACACCAAGGCCCGGACGAAUCUGAAUAAAGCAAGUACAGCAGGCGAGAAGUUUUUGUCAGAACCGAAUCUGAAUGACCAGUUAGCAACCAGGUUAGAGCAGGAUUGUAUGUAUUAGAAUUGAGGCGAGGAACCUAGCUGUAGUACGAACGCUCUGCCAGUUAAUUGCAUUGCGUUCAAGAUAAAUUUUUAAACGUUCUUCAUUUGUGCGGAAAAGCGGGUGAAGGAUUUUCACCAGAUGGGACAAUUUCAUUUGUCGUUAGAGCAAUGCUUACUCUGAUUAUCUUUGCACAUCAGCCGGGCGUGGCUUACGAACAUCUAGUCUUGUAAGUUAACAACGAGCGACAGAUGUAAUGACCCUGAAGCCGUAUUCCCUCUUUUUUUAAAAAAAAACAACAGCAACAAAAAAAAAAAACAGUCCACUGGAGACAAUUGUUCCACUUAAAUAAACCUUUGAUUCUCCAUACCCACUGUCUUUGCCUGCGCUAUAGGAGUAAU